AAUAUUUAAUAGUUAAAUUAUUAGACAAAUUUUGAGGCAAUGCCAAAAUGUAAGUUGUUGGCGACCUUGACAUACUGCCGAGCACAACACUUGGCAAACAGAUAAAUUAUUGCCAAAAAAAACUGUUACACAUGUUUGCUGAUAACAAUGCUGAUAAGCAUUAGAAAGCGACCUUGAAAAUUGCAAUAAAAAGGCGUUGAAACUUCGAUAUUCACAACAAACUUGAAGUCAAUUGAACACACAAAAUGUGCCAGCUCCAAGAAUACGCCAAGCUGCUCUGCCUGCUCCUGGUUGCAGGAAUAGUGAACACACAACAAGCAGAUGAGUUUCCGCAAUGCAACAACGUGGCAAUGGACACCUUCAUAGUGGCUAUAGAUGAUUGCACCAGCUAUAUAUAUUGCAAUGGAGAGAACUCCUUCAGGGACACGUGUCCAGAACAAACCUAUUUCGAUGGCAACUCGCAGGAAUGCGCCUUCGAUGAUGCAGGCAUUUGUUUACUCUCCAUCGAGACGACAACAAUCGAGACAACUAACAUUCUAGGAGAAGAGGAACGUAAAGAGGUGGAGGAAGUGGAGCAGGAAGAGAUUGCCACAACAACAGCAGCCACAGAGCCACCAGCAGCCACAGAGCCACCAGCAGCCACAGCUCCACCAGCAGCCGUUGAUGUUAAACCAACUGCUCCAGCUGGCGGUAGACCGCAUUGCGAUGCCAUUGGCGAUGGUUAUCAUCCACAUCCGGAUCGCUGCGAGUAUUAUUACAGUUGCCUGGGUGGUUAUUUGACCAUUGUGCGUUGUCCUUUCAAAUACGGCUGGGAUUAUGCGGAGGGACGCUGCAAGCCGAUGUCAGAGGCGCAAUGCUUUAGCUUAUAAGUUGAUUCUUGAUAAAUCUCGUUAAGUCUUGUGUCUAAGGUGCUGGGGUUAACCCAAAUUUGUGUGUCGCGAGAGAUAUGACAAUAAUAAAUAAGUAUUUGUGGCAUUUUAAUGAAUUGAAAAAGUGCAGCGACGAAGCGGGGAACAGCCAAGGCGACGGGGGAUUUUGGUUUUCGGGGCCCAGCAGCGCCUCCAAUGCGCCUCCAUUUGUAUUUGUCAGGCGUUGUC